ACAAUGCUUCUGGGAAAUGCGAACUUCAAGAAGCAGUUAAACAGUGUUUGAAAUUGGCGCAACUUUAAUGCCAAACUGGCCAAUCACAACCGAAUAUAUCAAUUGUUUAUCUAACUCGCGGGCACACGAAAUUGCCGCCACGGUACUACCUCACGCUGUCCAAUGUCACAGAACCACCUAAUGCAGCAACAGUAAAGUAAGGUAAAUGGUUCUGCGAGCGAAUGGUCUUCACAAAAUUUUGAAUAGAGUUGUUCGUCGUAAUGCGGUGCAGUGGAUGGUCUUUAAACAUUUAUUGUUGAUAAAGUAACCCCCGUACAAGCGCAUAAAAUUCCAAGGAAUUACGAUAUAUUCAGUACCACAAAACUAACAUCUUCACUACAGAAAUUAAUGGGCCGAAAGGGAGUUCGCAACGCUCGUUAUAAAACUAAGAACAGAACGAGGGAUAUUGACCAGAUAUCCACCGAUCUGAAAGAGGAAAAUAUUACUAAACGUUUGAAUGAGGCUAUGGAACCAGAUGAAGACAGGCCUGGUUUAGGUCAAUUUUUCUGCAUUUUUUGUGAUAAAUAUUUUAUUGACCAAGAAACUCUUGAUUUACACAAAAAACAGAAACCUCAUAAGCGGAGACUGAAAUCACUGAAUGAACCACCACAUACACAAGAAGAUGCAGAUUACGCUGCUGGAAUAUUAAAAGACGAUUAUAAAGUGCCUUCAAAGAGAUUAUGCCGAAAUACACCUGAUCUAUGCCAGUUAAAUAUUUCAUCAGUACCCGAAAGUUCUUAUGUUUAUAUAGAAUAAGCGAAUGACUUUGUACAACUCCUUUUUUAUUACUGUAUAGCUGUACAUUAUAUUAUUUCUACAGGGAUUUAAUCUGUACAUUGAGUAUUGUAUUUUAAAUACACUAAUGGAUAUUUAUUUAUAAGCAUCAAAUUUUGAUAAAAAGGAGUUCUGUAUCAUUA